CCUCAUGCUCAAUCACAGUUCGAUCACUGUGUCGUGUUUUGUGUGUAUUCCCCUUUAAUGCGGUUUAAAAUUCUGCAGCGGUAGGGUCGCUUCUCUUCAGUAUUUUGCGAUGGACCCCCAUUGAAAAGGUUACAAGUAGGUACGUGGAAACGCGCAGGAUUUAUCAAUAUAAACAUGAACGACGGCAAAGAAAAAAACUCGCCGGGUUUGAUCAACACGAGCGCCGCAACAGAGGAAAACUCGCAGGAGUUUAUCAGCAUUAACACGAACGAUGUAAAAGAGCAGAACUCGCCCGAUUUUAUAAACGCGAACGAUGUUAAACAGGAAAACUCGCCCGAUUUUAUACACGCGAACGAUGUUAAACAGGAAAACUCGCCCGGUUUUAUAAACGCGAACAAUGUAAGAGAGAAAAACUCUCAGGAGUUUAUCAGCAUUAACACGAACGAAGUAAAAGAGCAGAACUCACCCGAUUUUAUAAACGCGAACGAUGUAAAAGAGCAGAACUCACCCGAUUUUAUAAACGCGAACGAUGUAAGAGAGGAAAACUCGCAGGAUUUUAUAAAUACGAAUGAUGUAGAAGACGAGAUGAUGGAGUCUGAGGAUUCAUCUGAUCGGGAGAGCGUCGCUUUCAGCGAGGACUCUGAAGAGAUGACCGUCGAAUCUCUACGGAAAGAUGAGCUCUCGGAAUCCAGCGACUCAUCAGAUGAGGUCUUAAAUCCAGAGGUAACCCCACAAAAAAGAAAGAGACCUUUUCCAGAAAAGUCUGUGGACUUAUUUUCAUCACCCGCUACUAUACCAGUUGUCAAAUGGAGAGGCAAGAGAAGGAGCCUGAACCGAUUGCCUGCAGAGUUUCAACUAAACGCCUCAGAGUUGAAGUGGAACAGCAUGGAUAAACCUGAUAAUGAGCCGCGCCAACCGGUCUUCAAACCCAUCCAACCACCUGGACCACAGGUGGUCUGCAGCCCAUCCUGCAGACCUCUGCAAUAUUUCGAAUUGUUCUUUACGAGGUCGGUCCUUCAGACGAUCGUUGAUCAUACUAACAUUUACGCAGCACAAAACUUCAAAAGGGGAGAAAAUCAAUGGCGGGACACUUCCGUACAAGAAUUUAAGUCAUUCCUGGCAAUGGUGAUCUACAUGGGGCUGCUAAAAUGCUCCUCGCUAGAAGACUACUGGAAAACCUCCAACAUCUACCGUCUGCCCUUCCCUAACCGAAUCAUGUCCGGUAAGAGAUUUGUAUCCAUAUCCGCUGCUCUGCACCUCAGUGAUCCCAAAGUAGAUGCAGCGAAUGAAGAGAAGAAGGGAACAGAUGAAUACGAUCGUCUGUGUAAAAUCAAACCGCUGUAUCAGGACAUUCAAGAAGCCUGCAAGAACUCAUUCCAGCCCUUUCAGAACAUCUCCAUCGAUGAGAGAAUGGUAGCAUCAAAGGCUAGAAAUGGACUCAAACAAUAUAUGAAAAACAAACCGACGAAAUGGGGCUACAAACUCUUUGUUCUGGCAGAUUCGCUCUCUGGCUACACGUGGGACUUCUUCGUAUACCAGGGAAAGUCAGUUUUAAGGCAAGGCAAGGGGGUUGGCUACGAUACUGUCAUGAGGUUGGCAAAUGAAAAGUUGUUGGGUUCUGGCUACAAGCUGUUCGUCGACAACUUUUUCACCAGCCCUUCGCUGUUCGAGGACCUCCUGAGAAAGAAGAUUUGGGCUUGUGGGACUCUUCGUGCAAACAGGAUAAACCACUCGAAAACACCAGCUCCUCGUGGCAACAUACGCUGGUUCAGAGAUAACAAACUUCUGUUCGUCGAGUGGAAGGACAGAAGAGACGUGCUGAUGUGCUCCACCUUUCAUAAAGCAUUCAAUGGUGACACAGUGAAGAGGAAGGUGAAGGGAGAGAAAACAGGUCGGAGCAUUAAGGACUUCCCGGUUCCAGCUGCUGUGCUGGACUACAAUAAGCACAUGGGUGGAGUGGAUCUGUCUGACGCACUCAUUGGAUAUUACAAAGUCCUACAUAAAACAAGAAAGUGGUAUCGGACCUUCUUCUACCACUUUGUGGACAUUGCUGUGGUAAACGCCUUCAUUUUACAUAAGCACGUGGCCAAGGAAAAGAACGAGAAGCUGAUGACCCAGAAGGAGUUCCGGGAGGGUCUAUGCUCAGAUCUCGCGAAAGCAGGCAGUUGUUACUCUGAAGUUACUCCCACUCCUGAACUUUUACACCUGCCCAAGUACAUCAGUGAUGAUGGCACUAUCGGAAGGCGGAAAUGCAGAAAUUGCUACCUUAAAACUCCGAUCGAGUGUGUGCUUUGCGAGAUGCCAUUGUGCUUUGUUUCUACACGCCAAUGCUUUACCGACUGGCAUGAAUCCAAAGCUGCUGAAGCAGAGUGCAGCGAUUCUGUUGGAAAGAUAUCAAAAGCACAAAAAAGAAAGAUGAACUCAGCAAAAACCGGUGUGGAUAACACCUGGAUGGAGCCUGUGGAGAAGUUAUAGCUGUUAAAGGGACUGUUCACCCCAAAAUUCGGUCAUCAUUUACCUACCCUCAGGUUUUUCCAAACCUGUGUAAAUUUCUUUGUUCUGAUGAACACGAAGUAAGAUAUUUGGAAGAAUGUCAGUAACCAAACAGAUCUCAUCCCCCAUUGACUCCCAUAGUAGGGAAAAAAACUCUGGGAGUCAAUGGGGGAUGAGAUCUGUUUGGUUGAACUAUCCCUUUAAUGUUUUAUGAAUAGUAAAAGUCUUAUUAAAUGAUUGUACUAGUGUGCAUUAAAGUGCUUACUGUACAGUUUUUACUUGAACUAACUCAACUAAUAAAAUAGUGUCCUGGAACUCAUUUUGUCAUUUUAGAUUUUCUGGCUAAUGCGUGUUGCAUGAAUAAAUGUUAAAACUUUUUAGUGACAAGGUGCGUCUGAUCCAACUUUGUUCUUGUUUGUAAUUUUACAUCUUCAUUAUUGUAAUGUUAUGAUUUUGUGUACAAGAGCUUUUUGUUGACAUAAAAGGCCUCUUUACAAGGUUAUUGGGUGCCAGUGUUUUUUUCAAUAAAAGCGAAAAAAGUA